AUGGCCAAGAUCCCAUCCCGCACGUUCCCCGGGCUGCCAAAUCUGCGGCGGCUGGACCUGAGUCAGAACAAGCUGGAUGCCCGAGGCCUGCACCCCUGUGCCUUCAAGAAUCUGACACGGCUGAAGCUGGAUGGGAACUCGCUGUGCACAGUGCCAGCCCUGCAGCAGCUUUCAGAGUGUGGGGGUGGGCCCUGGGGGCAGGAGUUGACAAAGCCAGGCCUGGGAAGGGGGGCGGGGGGCGGUGGGGGGCUGUUGGAGCUACACAGGGAGUUCCCAGGGGGCCCCCAGACCCCUGCAGUCAGGUCACGUGCCUGUCCGCCCACCUGCCCUGCAGGGCUCAGCCGGCUGCUGACGCUGGAGGUGGAAGGGAAACAGCUGCAGUAUGGCAACAUCUCAUCCCUGGCCUUUCAGCCCCUACACAGCCUGCUCUACCCGGGGUUGGACCGAAACUGCGGACCAUCCUACCUGGCCUGCCAGCCUCCCUGCAGGAAGCUGGAGACCCUCGACCUGUCCCACGACCCGCUGGUGCACGUGCCUUCCUUCCGCCACGGGGCCUUCGGCGCCUGCCACCACACCACAACCACACAAGCGCAUCCCCGGCUACGCGUUUGCGCACACGAAGCCAGGCCUGGAGCUCCUGUCCCUGUCCCACGAAAGCCUGUGCACCGACGGCGUCCAUGGCGUGUGCUUCCUCGGCCUUCGCGCCUCCCUGACCAGGCCGCUGCUGGAUCGCAACCAGCUGCGGGCCGUCCCCCGGGGCCUCGGGGGCCUCAGGGGGCUGCGGGGGCUGCGUCGGAGCCACAAGAAGAUCAGACAAGUGCCCCUGAAUUCCAUCUGUGUGACACUCCAGUGGCUCAGGACUCCAACCUCAUCCCCACGCACCUGGAAAACAGCCUUAUUGACCGGCGCCGCAUCCUGCCCACCGCCUUCUCCUGCAUCUGAACCUGCCUCGGCAGUGUGGUCCUCCGGCCCCAGCAGGGGGCAGGGGCUGGGGAGGGAUCCUGGGAUUCCUGCCCCCCUCUGCUCCUUAGGACUGGUUGGGGAGGGGGGGGGCCAGGUCUACCUCCACUUGAUCUUUGCACUACUAACAGAAAGAUCUAGAAGACCCAGCUGUUUCAGAUGCUCCCACUUCCCAUUGACUGCUGAGGCCCCUUCACUUAGUAAAUGGCCCAGCAGGGUACCGCGCUGGUCUGCACUGGAACAUAAUAAAUGCAUCUCAUUCAAGCC